UGUGCUGGCAACAGCAGCAGAAGACUUUGAUUACAGAAGUUUGUUCAAGCUGCAAGUUAGUACAUUAGUAUGUUUCUGUUAUUGUCUGUGUGUGCUUUAGCUUUUUAUUCAGAGCGCAGUGUCGAUAGAAAGCCCAGUUGGACUGAGAGCUGAAUGAAGAUGAACGCAGCCGUGACACAGCCGCAAACCGGGCCUUUCCUACCGGACAUUAAUACCACCAAAAGCAACAAACGGAGGAAAAGUACUCAGUACAGCAGGAUGAAACAGCAGAAGGAGUCUCUCCGAUCGUCUCAGAUCAUCUCCCAGGGAGAAAUAUCCCAGUUCAGAAACAGUCCCAAGCAGAACAUCUGUGUGGAGCUGCUUCGAGAAGGCUAUCACAGGUCAUUCUCGGAGAUCUUCUUUCUGCUGGGCGCCGAUCGGGAUCGCGUGGCAGCAGCUGAAGCGGGUUCAAACCUCAGAUUUCAGACUCCGCUGGACCAACAGCUGGACAAACUGGAGACCAUGAAGCGGCACCUGAGCCGCGCCGAGGAGGCUGAAAGAACCGCUCCGGAGGAUCUCUGGCUCAGUCUGCACUUCUACCACAGCUGUACGGACCGGGGGCCGGGCAGCCACUCCAGACCGGCCACCGAGGCCCGGGCGUGCAUGGCCGAGGCCUACCUGAAGCUAGGGGAGCUGGAGCAGGCGCGGCAGCAGGCGGAGCUGUGCGUGAAGCAGGCGGAGGACGGCGACUGGGUGGACUCGAACGGUCGGCCCCUGAGGCUCCGGGCGCGCGAGGCCCUGUGGAGGAUCUACAGCCGGCUGGCCGACGCGCCGCUGGAGGCCGCCGACUACGACCGGGCCCUGAAGCUGCUCUACAAGGGCUACAGCAUGGCUACCGAGUCUGAAGACCAACAGAUCGAAUGGGAGGGCGCCUAUCGACUGGGACUGACCUAUCAGAGCGCAGGAGACAAUGACACAGCCAAACAG